GAAUAGACAUUACCGAGUUUCGGCAGGCUCUUCUUCUCUCACUCGUCACUCGUCACAUGACCCGCACUCCUGUACGGUAGGCCAUAUUUGACAGUGGCACUAGUUUAGCGAAGUGAGUGCGUGAAGAUCGCUCUUCAUCCCACGUUCGCGUUUUCGACAACCUGUAAAUACUCGUGAUCGAUUUGACCUACGAGUCCUAAACGCAUCAAAAUGAGCAGUGAAUAUUCAGAAGGAUCUCCUGUUUAUGCUCCCUUUUUCGGAGUAAUGGGUGCCGCCUCAGCCAUUAUAUUUUCUGCUCUAGGAGCAGCAUAUGGCACAGCAAAGUCAGGUACAGGAAUUGCAGCCAUGUCUGUUAUGAGGCCAGAACUUAUCAUGAAAUCUAUCAUUCCUGUUGUUAUGGCUGGUAUCAUUGCCAUUUAUGGCCUUGUAGUAGCUGUUCUCAUUGCUGGUGGUCUAGAAGAACCUAGUAGAUACAGUCUGUACAAGGGUUUUGUUCAUCUGGGUGCUGGCUUAGCCGUAGGUUUUUCUGGUCUAGCUGCUGGAUUUGCCAUUGGUAUUGUUGGUGAUGCAGGUGUAAGAGGUACCGCACAACAACCUCGCCUGUUUGUUGGUAUGAUCUUGAUUCUAAUCUUCGCAGAAGUAUUGGGUCUCUACGGUCUCAUCGUUGCCAUCUACUUGUACGCCAAGUAAAAUGAUUUUAGUAGCAGGAAUGCAAGACUCGUCGCCUGCAACCAACAGCGCUCCCCGACUAUUAAAAUAUUACGACUUGUUUCGACAUUUUACUUAAACACAUUUUUUCCAUACAUACUCACAUCGACUCAUCUAAGCAUCCUUCUGUAAUACUGUAUUCAAGUUGAUAUAUUAGAGUCCAAGCAUUUAAUAAGUACAUAUUCAUUAUAUAAAUAACAUAAUUGUUGAAAAAUGCUGCAAGCAAGUAACAAGAGUGCUGAAAAUCUAAUUAAUUGAUUAAAUAUUUUGAAUUGAAAAAACAAAUAAUUCAGUCUUGCAGGAAGAGGAUGUAUGUACAGAAGAUACGAAAAGCAACAGGCGACAGGGAGUUACACUAAGGAAAGACCCCAAAUAUCCCAUGUCGAACAUUUCUCUUUCACUGUAUAGUAAUCAUUUGUAGCGUAGUUUGACAUUGAAUUAUCAAUUAAGAUAAUCGGCUCUACUGAGUGUAUAAAGGAAAAAACUGUUAAUGAUAAAAGAAUAUUUAGCACAAUUACAUAUAUUAAACGCGAUUGAAGUGGCAGUAUACAGAUUGCAGAUGAACGUCUUUUACGACAAACGUCUACAUAAAAUUAUAAUAUUUAAAUCAGAAAGUGGGAAAAAAAAUGCAAGAUUGCAUGUAAGAAACAGCAUAAUAUGCAAUGGUUGUACAAACUAUAUCUUGAACAAAAAAAAAGGAAAGAACAUAGAUAUUGUACAAUCGAAAUUACAAGACACAAAGUAUAGUAUGUGGGAUGAAAUUUUAGAGAAGAAAAUGAAAUGAAUGUGAGUAGAAAAUGGACAGAUACAUGAUAGUAUUAAGUCAAUUCAGAGACUGCUGGACGUAUUAGGAAUUUGCACUUAUUAUGGUUUUGAAUAAUUUUGGGUGACUGCAAAGGCCAGCGGUAAUUCCCCUCUUUUAGCUGUAAACAUACUUAUUUCACGUUUCAUUAGAAAUAUAUAUACAUACAUAUAUAUAUAUAUGUUAAUGAAGUGAAAGGUAUGUUAAGGCACCACGAAAAAAAAGAUUCCAUACGUCCCAGCAGAUGUAUGACUACCUAAGAAAGGGGUUACGAGAUAAUGAUGAAAAAAAUCAUUUGUACAUUCCAUACUAAGUUCGUUUUGUGCAGGCGAGCGGGCGCUUGUAAUGGCGCGACAAAUGUAGGUUUUUUGGGAAAGAAAAAAAGGACAAAUUAUGCGUUCGAUACUUUACAUUUUCUUUCGUGACAAUGUUUUUAAAUAAAUAUAAUUAUGGGGUUGAAAAACGAUGCAAACGAAAUUUUUUUCGGAGGUUCAUUGUUAUGGGAGCUGACGGUGAACUCUGAUAUAUGUGUUAUGGCCUUUUAAUCGGCCACCAUCUCUCCCCGUAAUAAAUAUAUCGUGUCACGGUCGAGGACAAGAAUUCUUUGCGCCCGCUUGCCAAAUUUUAUUGACUGCGCAGUAUUUUCUAUCUAAAAAAACAACAAAGCUCAACAUGUAGGCGCAUUUCCGGGAGGAAAAUAAACAUAAAACACUAAACAUUUCAAAACCAUUUCAGUUUACGAUAAUAGCGCAUGAAACCAAAAAGAUGCGAAUCCCAUUUCUUCGAAUUCAUCUGAUCGGAAAAAGAAGAAAAAAAGAAACAAAAUGCACCAGUAAUAGGAGAAAAAAAUUUCAGCUUUGAGAUAUCCCUUUAUUAUUGAUUGAUCCUCGCUUGAAAAUAUACCUAUGUUAAAUUGCAUUGCUAAAAACAGUUUUUUGAACAAAUAGGCAUUAGAAAUUCUAUUGCUUUCUUUUUUUUUUCAAAUUCUUAACAACGAUGAUAGAAAGAAACGGAAUAAAAAUGGCGUAAAGGAAAUGGAAGAAAAAUUGAACAUUUUUUGUGAAUAAUUCGUAACUAAUAGUAUAACACAAGCGAAACGCAAAUGCGAGCCGGGGAGCGGUGGUGGUGGCUUUCUGCAACGAGAUAGAAUGAAGGAAGGAUAGAGUGAUAGAGAGCGCAAGAGCGAUCUUCACUUUAAACAAAACACAACUUUAUAUUCGAACAAAAUGCAAAAAAGCACACGAAUAUAUUACGCCAAUUACCUCUGUUCCCCCUUCUUCCUGCCAUCCUAUAUAUGUUUCCUAUCUAUCUAAUAAUGAUAAUUAAAAGAAAAAGAAAGAAACAUCUGCUAUCUGAUCAUAAAUUGUUCCCGUGCAAUGUAUAUAUCACCCGCCAUGCUUUACACAAUACGAUUAAAAAGAGUUUUUUAGGCUAGAUUAGGUUGGGUAUUAAUUGUAUACCAAAAAAUCUUGUGUAGUUGAGAGCGAAAGUAAAAAUCGAUGUGCAAAUAGGCGUGUAUGUGUGUGUUGUGUGUGCGUGGUAAAGAAAGGAAGUCUGGUGAAUGCUAGUGUGUGUGAGGAAGAGUGAAUGAAAAAGCCCAAAAAGUAAAGAAAGGGAAAUAAAUGAGAAAAGAGCACUGGCAGAUGGAGGAAAGACACCGCUGUCACCGCCGCCGCCGCCGCCCCUCAUGUACUAUCUUCCAGUGUUAUAUUAAAAAUAGACUCAUUGUUGAGCGCAAAAAAGUGAUACUGAUCAAUAAUAAUUAUUUAUGUUAUAAUUCGUCCUCGAUGUUACAGAAAAGAAAACCGUGUUUAAUAAAAAUUUAAUUUGGACAAACA